CUAGCUAUGAUGUGGAUUACCUGAAUGUUAUGAGGGAUUAUGAAGGGAUUAUAGAUCCAGUAGGCACUAAGGUAGAAACCAGGAAAUUAGCCAGUUUUGGAGCUUUCUCUUCUACACCCCUCCUCCAACCGAAGCAUUGAAACAGAGAACUUUGCUCUCAGAGUCCUUGCUGAAAUAUCAGUACACUAUUUGGACACAACAUUUUGGUUUCAUCAUGAUUUCCUGCCACUUCGGUGUUUUGCUUUGCCUUCUUUUGCUUGCAUCUCCUAUUGCCAGGGCUUCAGUUUUCUUAAGGCCCAAGGAAGCCAGCAACAUCUUACAAAGAGCUAGGAGAGCUAAUUAUUUCUUCGAAGAGCUUAAAGCAGGAUCAGUUGAGCGGGAAUGCCUAGAAGAGAAAUGUUCAUGGGAGGAAGCAAGAGAAAUCUUCCAAGAUGAUUUGAGGACCAAAGAAUUCUGGGCAAUCUAUACAGAUCCUGAUCAGUGUGACUCCAACCCUUGCCAGAAUGGUGGGACCUGUAUUGAUGGGCAUCAAGACUACUUAUGCAUUUGUCCUCCAACACAUGAAGGCAGAAAUUGUGAAAUAGGACCAGAAAGCAAGCUGAAAUGCAUUUUUAACAAUGGCAAUUGUGAGCAGUUUUGUGUAGAUUCCCCAACCACAUUAAGACAGUGCUUUUGUGCAGAGGGAUACAGGCUAGCAAGUGACCAAGUAUCCUGCAUCGCAGAAGUUGAUUAUCCCUGUGGGAAAAUACCUGUUCUGGCAAAAAGGCCAAAUCGACAAGGAAGAAUCAUAGGUGGUUAUGAGUGUCCUCCAGGCGAAUGUCCGUGGCAAGCUCUCAUAACAGAAAAUGGAAAUGAAAAAUGUGGAGGAGUUCUGGUUGCUCCAUCCUGGAUCAUUUCAGCAGCUCACUGUUUUGACCGUGUCCUCCGACAAAAUCUCAGGAUAAGGCUUGGUGAAUACCGUAUCAACCGUAGAGAUGAAGGCGAACAAGAAAGAGGAGUUGAUGAAUUAAUAAUCCAUGAAAAGUAUUCUUUCAAAACCGUUGACAAUGACAUUGCCUUGCUGCGAUUAUCAGCCCCCGUCAACUUUUCUGAGUAUGUGGUGCCCAUCUGUUUGCCACCGCCUCGAUUUGCAGCAGACAUAUUGAACUAUGUUGAAUUCUCCACAGUGAGUGGGUGGGGGCGUCUUUUGGAAGGCGGGGCUACUUCAGCACUUCUUAUGCGAGUGGAAGUCCCCAAAAUACACAAAAAGGAAUGCGUUUUGCACACUAAAUUCAAUAUUACAGACAACAUGUUCUGUGCAGGUUAUCUUGAUGGGAGUAAAGAUUCUUGUGAAGGUGACAGUGGUGGACCUCAUGUCACUGAAUACAAAAAUACUUGGUAUCUAACGGGAGUUGUGAGCUGGGGUAAAGGGUGUGCUGCAAAAGGAACAUAUGGAGUUUAUACAAAAGUUAUAAGAUACUAUCAGUGGCUAAAUAAUCGUAUGGAUUCCUAAUACAUAUUGCUUCCAAAUUGCCCUUUCAUUGUCCAAAUCCAUAAUAUUUAACCUUUGAAUUUAGCUUAUAACUGACUUAUAUAUUUUUUAAUUAGAUUCUACAUUUUAAAUCUGUAGUAAAACUUUGAUUCAAUUAAUUGCCAUUAAAUAAUUUGAAUGCUAAAAGCUUUCAUCCAUUCACAAUACAGGGGUACCUCAGUACUCAAUUACUUCAAAACUUAUUGAAUUUAGUACUUGACACAUUUUGUGACAAAAAUGUUGUCCCAGUACUUGUUUCUUUGUUUGGUACACGAUGUGCUGCGAUAGGAAAAGGGGGACAGACACGAAGAACAGACAGGAAGUCAGCCAUACUGGGAAGGUUGCUUCAAAAGGAGCAGAGGGUGGACAGAAAGUUGGCCAUGCUGGAAGAAAAGGGACAGACAGGAAGUCCUUCCUGGCCAAAGUUAGGGUCACACGGCAAGUCACAUAGUUUGUUUGACACUCAACAUUUUUACUACUCAUUGUGCCUCCAAGAACCAAUUAAUGGCAAGUACUGAGUCAUCACUGCAAUGGACCAAUCCCUUGGAUUUAGACAAGGCAUUUAAAUUUACUUUAAAUGUUUCUUUAUUCACAUUAUUUGCACAUGAUGUAGACACUCAACCUGAUCAUGCCAUUUGCAUAAAGCUGUCAAUACACAAAUUAUGUCCAUUGCUGUAUAUGACACAUUUGGAUUUUAGAGAUGUUCUGAAAUAAUGGAUAUUUUAUUGCUAUACUGCUGAUGAAACUCAAUUUAUACUUUAUUGAUUUCUUAAGUUAGCUAAUAAAUACAUUUAAAAUAAAAACUUCUGACAUGAUAGGGACUGUUGUGUAUAAAUUUCAUAAAAUUUCAUGGAAAAUAUUUGUUUAAGAGCUGGAAAGUAUAUUUAAAUUUUUGAUUCAUUGCAUUUCUGAUUCUGGAUGUUUUCAUGUGUGUGUGUGUAGUUGUUUUUUUUGUCAUCUGUGUUUUACUGGCUUGGCCAAUUUUGUAUCAAGUGUCACAAUUUUGUCGACAAAAAAAUGUAACAGCUGUCAAUCAAAUUCAGCUUUCUUUGAUGUCUGACUAUUUGGGGAUUUGUGGUCUAAUAAAUGAAAGACACACUAGAUUUUGAAAAGCUAAUCAAGACUUUGCAAAACUGGAUAGAGAGAGAGCUUCUAAUCUAUCACAUAAGCUAAAUGCUCUGAUUGUAUUAGGUAGUUACUUGAAAUAUUAGGAAUUAGAAUCUUCUAACUCUAGAAUCUUCUAGAAACUUAGAAUCAUGUUUGACUCUACAGACCUGAUGCCUCUGCUAUUAUAAUUACCAAUCUCAUGAGCACCGAAUUUUUCAGUAACAGUAAAACAUAGUUGAAAGUGACCUUGGAAGUCUUCUACCACCUGCUCAAGUAGGAGACCCCAUCCUACUCUAGACAACCUGCUGUCCAAUCGCUUCAGUGAUGGAGGACCGACACUUCCGGAGGCAAGCAUUCCACUGAUUGUCUUGCCCUCUCUUCUGAAUACUUAGGCCAAUUAACCCUGGAGAAGUCCAAAUCAAUAAUACAAGAGAACCAGAGACAUUGAUUAUCAAAAGAAUGACACUGCCAAAUGUUAGAAAGUCAUAAGCGCUUUACUGCAAAGUAUCUAUAACUAUAUGGCAAAUCUAGACAGCAUACUAAAAAGCGAGACAUCACCCUGCCAACAAAAGUGCAUAUAGUCAAGGCUAUGGUGUUCCCAGUUGCAAUGUAUGGUUGUGAAAGUUGGACCAUAAGAAAGGCUGAGUGCCAAAGAAUUGAGGCCUUUGAACUAUGGUGCUGGAGAAGACUCUUGUGAGUCCCUUGGACUGCAAGGCGAACAACCAGUCAGUCCUAGAGGAGAUCAAUCCUGACUGCUCUUUAGAAGGCCAGAUCCUGAAGAUGAAACUCAAAUACUUUGGCCACCUAAUGAGAAGGAAGGACUCACUGGAGAAGAGCCUAAUGCUGGGAAAGAUUGAGAGCAAAAGAAGAAGGGGAUGACAAAGAAUGAGGUGGCUGGAUGGAGUCACUGAAGCAAUCAGCAUGAGCUUAAAUGGACUCCAGGAGAUGGUAGAGGACAGAAAAGGCCUGGAGGAAUGUCCAUGGGGUCGUCAUAGGUCGAACACAACUUCACAACUAACAACAACAAUAAUCUAUCCUGGGGGUGGGCACUUAAUAAAAAUAAACUGAGAAACUGGAACUGAACCAAUGAAACCUGAUUUGAUGUCCUCAAACUUCAUCUCUCCCAACUCCUCAAGCUGUUCCAAACAAGGCUGAGCAUUGCACAGGCUCAGAAAAGCGUUUUCUCUCCUUGCCUUCCUGCAGCUGCCAGCCGAGCGAAGGAGCCAACUUGGCUUCCUCUCCUGCCCCCUGUGGUGGAUUAUUUAUUUACAUUUGAUUUUUAAUUUUCAAUUGACCUUAUGUGGGCCAGACAGGGACAAUCAAAGGGCCGGAUGUGGUUCAGAGCCGUAAAAUGCCCAGGGUCUGGUUCUAAUCCUAAACAAACAUAGAUGGGCCUUUUCCACAGCCUGCUUUGAUGUUCUCUUAGCUCAGCUGCCAGGAAGAUUUCAUGGGACUCCUUAUUUGCAGAGACUUUGCCCUUGUGGAUCUACAGAAUAGAAACUCUUAUUCAUGUCUUCAUAUGGUGUCCUUUCUAUGAUGCCCCAAGAUGUGUUCUAAUUACUCCAAUCAGUUCCAAAUAAGGCUGCACAGAUAAAUGCUACAUUUAUUAUUUUUUAAGGGUAACCUCAAACUCACCUAUCAGAUGGCCAAAUAUCUUCAAGUUCUACAACUACUCAAAACUUUUAAUUAAAUAUAUUGUUUUAGUGCCCAAUUCUUUCCUAUUCUCAAUAACAAAUGUGUUAAAUUAUUUCUCUUUUUACUAUAUUGUAAAAGUACUG